CUGACACACCACAACCCAGAAUAGGAAGCAUGCAGAGCACAGAACAUGUACCAACUCCAUGCAUAGGUGUCCCCCGCAGUGGCUGAUGCCUGUCACCUGCUAGGCACCGUUAUAUGUACGUAUAUUCACAGCAAGCAGCUAUAGGGCUCUAUUUUACAGUAAUAUACACAGUUUAGGGUAUAGUGCACAGUCUCGGGGUGAGAUAACAUGGCUCUGCUGUGUGUUUCCUACCAAUCGUCCAUUAAGAAGAUGGUUCUGGUGGCAUCAUCGCAACUACAGAGAGUGCGAAGGAUCCAUGACAGCCCAUUCCAGCUGCCGUCACAUACUAGUGGGCACAGAACAUCGCUGCUCAAUGGAUGCAAAUCUAGACUUCAAUCACGCCCAAGCUGGGUGCGAGCUCACAGCACAAAGAGCAGCUCUCUGUCCAUCACUGAUGUGGCCGAGAAAAUAAAGGAGGGCUUUUACAGCCGUAUAUUAGUCAUGGCUGGCGCUGGUAUCAGUACGGACAGUGGGAUUCCAGAUUUCAGGUCUCCUACUAGUGGACUGUACAGUAAAUUGCAGGAUUAUUCCCUCCCAUACCCUGAAGCUAUAUUUGAUCUAAGCUACUUUUUACAUGAACCCAGUCCCUUUUUACGCCUUUCCCAAGAGCUGCUCCCAGGGCGUCAUCCUCCCAAUUCAGCGCAUUACUUUCUACGCCUUCUCCAUGACAAAGGAAUAUUGCUACGUCUCUACACGCAGAACAUUGAUGGACUGGAGAGAGCUGCCGGCAUUCCUGCUGAGAAGUUGGUAGAAGCCCAUGGCACAUUUGCCUCAUCCACGUGUACCAUGUGCCUUAAAGAGUACCCUGGAGAAACCUUCUGUGACGCUGUAACAAAGUCUCAAGUUCCUCACUGUUCAGCUUGUGGCGGUCUUAUCAAACCCGACAUCGUAUUUUUUGGAGAGCAGCUACCUGCCCGUUUCUUUCUCCACCUGACUGAUUUUCCCAGGGCGGAUCUCCUGUUUGUCAUGGGCACCUCACUUGAGGUGGAACCAUUUGCCAGUCUGGUGUACGCAGUUCGUAGCUCUACACCACGAGUCCUUAUCAAUCGUGACCCUGUGGGACCUUUUCUGGACAAAUCAGAUGGGCUCAAUGUGAUGGAGCUAGGAGAUGUCACCAGUGGGGUGAAGCGCCUUGUGCAUCUACUGGGUUGGGAACGUGAACUGGAAGAACUCGAAAAAAAUACCAAGAACUUUGAUAACACAACUGAAGACCUUCAUCCCUGACCUCGGCAUGAAUCUGAGACCAGCCUGCUGGAGAUGAGAUACACCAUGACAUGUCCAGACGUAUUUGUAGGGUUCAAAUAUAUAAAGUCACAAAGAGAGGAAAGGAGUUUAAGCCACAGACAUUGUUUUCUUCCUGGUGCCUGAGGGGGCCCAAGGGCCACCAUUAUUAUAAAUAGGACUUGGUAGGUGGGGGCCCUAUUAAAGAUUUUUCAUUUUCACACAGGAGCUUUAAAGGUGUUUUCCAGUUUGCAUCAUUUCUGACAAUAGCAGUAACUUUGUAAUGUAUUUCUUAUACAGUUAUUACUGCUAUCCCCCGUUCUGGGCUGUGGUCACAUGACCAUGUCCAUGCAGCUCUUUCUUAUUUCCUGUGAUGUCCUAUCCAUGGGCGUGCAGUGAUAGGGGAGUGUUUAUGAAAAUAGAUUGGUGGGAGGAGCUAUAAACUAGCUGCACAUUGUUAGGGGCACUGCAGUGAUAGGGAGUGUCUAUGUAACUAGCUGGUGGGAGGAGCUAUAAACUAGCUGCACAUUGUUAGGGGCACUGCAGUGAUAGGGAGUGUCUAUGUAACUAGCUGGUGGGAGGAGCUAUAAACUAGCUGGGCGUUGUUAGGGGCGGUGCUGGAGCCGUGGCAGAGAAAGGAGAAGUGCAUCAUGGGUUUGGUUGGAUACAGCAACAGGAAAUGCUACAUAUGGGAUGGAAACAAACCAGAGUAAAUUGUUUACAUGUUCAAAGGUCUGGAAAGCUCAAAUUGUAAAAAAAAAAAAAAAAAGCCGGAAAAGAUGUACAAGAAACUACAU